GGUCCAAUCAGCGUCAACCCGUACGAUUUAUUUAAAAAGAAAAUAAACUUGGCGACGAAGUUUUCCAUAACAUGCUUUUGUAGUUUUGUUUUAUAAGUAGCACUACUACUUCUGGUUUUCUGCUCUGUGUUCCAUCAUUGAUACUGAGAUGGAUUCCCUUUCCCCUAAGCAGCACAUUCAAGAAAUAAGGCGAAGCAAGUUUUCGAUAGGAGGACCUCCAAAUCCCUUAACAGAGGAUCUCCAUCAGGCUGUGAGGAACCUUUCUGCGGAGCUUUACACCAAGGAUGUUCACUUUCUCAUGGAGCUUAUUCAGAAUGCGGAAGAUAACGAGUAUUCUACCUCCGUAAAACCGUCGUUAGAGUUCAUCAUAACAUCUAGAGACGUCACUGGAAGUGGAGCUGGUACCACACUUUUGAUUUUCAACAACGAGAUUGGCUUCUCUUCUAAAAACAUCGACUCCAUUUGUAGCGUCGGUCGCUCCACAAAAAAGAAUAACAGGGAACGGGGUUAUAUUGGCGAGAAAGGAAUUGGUUUCAAAAGUGUUUUUCUGAUUACUUCCCAGCCAUACAUAUUCAGCAAUGGAUAUCAGAUACGGUUCAAUGAACAGCCCUGUCCACAUUGUGGGGUUGGGUUUGUUGUUCCUGAGUGGGUUGAAGAGAAUCCAAUUCUUUCUAAUAUCAAGGAAAUUUACGGCCGGCAAUCUGUACUCCCAACUACCACUAUAGUUUUACCGUUGAAGGCUGAUAAGAUCAAACCUGUGAAGCAGCAGCUUUCAAACAUUCACCCUGAAGUUUUAUUAUUUCUCUCCAAAAUCAAGCAACUUUCAGUGAGGGAAGUCAACGAGGAUCCCAAAUCCAAUACCGUAAAUGCAAUUUCCAUUUCAAGUGAGACAAACUUUGUUUCGAGGAAGAACAUUGAUGCUGAGUCCUACACUCUCCAUCUCUCUUCCGAGGAAAGUGUUGGAGGAAGCCAAUGCUCCUAUUACAUGUGGAAGCAGAAGUUUCCAGUCAAGCCAGAAAACAAAGUGGAGCGGAGGAUGGGAGUGGGGGAAUUGGUUAUCAUAUUAGCUUUUCCAAAUGGACAACGUCUAAACAGAGGAGUUAAGUCCCCUGGAGUCUACGCUUUCCUUCCCACGGAGAUGAUUACCAACUUUCCCUUUAUAAUUCAGUCUGAUUUUGUUUUAUCAUCAUCCAGAGAAACUAUUCUCCUUGAUAACAAAUGGAAUCAAGGUAUUCUCGACUGUGUUCCCUCUGCUUUUGUCAAUGCUUUCGUCUCAUUGGUGAAAAAUACGGAUGAAGCUCCUUUGUCUUCUUUGGCCCCUAUGUUCAACUUCUUGCCCACCAUUUCUUCUUCCUAUGAUAAGUUGAAUGUGGUGAGAGACUUAAUCAAGGAAAACUUGCUCCAACAAAAUAUUGUUCCAAGUCAUUCAUUUUUGAAACAGAGGUUCUUCCAUAAACCUCGUGAAGUGGGUAGACUUAUGCCCGCCUUCUGGAAUAUCUUAAUGAAGGCACACACUCAAGGGGUGAGUUUGCGCAAUCUAUCAUCCCAUGGAAAGCACGUCUUAAGUUACUCGUUAGACUCGAAGGAAUACGAUCAGGCUCUCAGUUUCCUUGACGUGAAACUAGUUGUUGAGGAAUGGUAUGCAAAAUGCCUGCAGGGUACCAACAUUGUGGAGGGUGUGUCAGAUGAUCUUUAUUUAGAGCUCCUACAAUUUGUUGCAGAAAAUUGGAGUUCAAGAUUUCAUGUUUCAAGCAUGAAGAACGUGCCACUUAUAAGAUAUGUUAAUCUUGAUGGGAAUGUUUCCCUAUGCAGUUUAAAUGCGUCCACGCAGAAUGGUGGAAGAAGGGUGUACCUUGCUCAUCAUGGCCCUCAUCUAUCUUGGCUUUGUAAGUCGAACAUGGAAUUCAAAUCUGUUUCCAACUGUUAUUUUAUGCCAGAGAGCACACAUAAAUCCAUCAGAUCAUGUCCUAGGAAUAAAGACAUGUUAUUGCAAUGGCUUCGGGACCAGGUUAAGGUUGAUACCAUCACCACAUUUCAAUUUGCAAAGCUCCUUGUCGAUUCUCUUGGGAAUAACCCAAAAGAUAUAAUUACUUAUUUUCACUUCCUAUAUCACUCAUCGUCAAAGCGUUAUCUGACUGAUGCGGAGAUUCAGUCUCUGUCUAGUGCUAUGCCAGUAGUAGACAAAUACGGUAGUGUUAUAAAGACUUGGCAGAGGCUUCUCAUCCCAGCAGAUGGUAGCAAAUGGGCACAAUUGCUUGAUUCAAAUCCUUGGCAAAAUUUUGGUUAUGUGGAGUUGGGAGCUGCUUACGUUUACCCAGCCUAUUUUUCAGGUGAAACAAUGACUGAAGAACAGUUGAUACGUUUUCUCAAGAUCCAUAUUCGUGCAUCAGAUAUUCCUUCUAUUUCUCCACCUAAUAUAGAAAUUUCUGUUUUCUCUUCACCGCUUACCGUCCAGAAUGUGGUUUUGCUAUUGCGUUGGAUUCGUAGCUUGAAAACUACUAUUCCCCCCAUGUUUUUGAAAUGCAUAAAGGAAGGUUGCUGGCUAAGAACUACUUUGAACGGAUCUUCUAGUUAUAGACCACCAUCUCAGUCUUUUGACAUCUCCUCGUCAUGGUCAACUGUUUUGCAAAGUGGGUCAGUCCUGGUGGACAUCCCCCAGAUUGAUCACGGAUUCUAUGGUAAUGAGUUAAAAGGCUACUCUCAGGAGCUGAAAACUGUUGGUGUUAUGUUUGAGUAUGAUGAAGUCUUAAAAUAUAUUGGGAAUCACCUCAUGUCAGUGGCGACUUUAUCAAGUUUGACAAGAGAAAAUGUCUUCUGCAUGUUAAAAUUCAUCCGGUUUUUGAAAGAUAAAUUUCCUGUUGAAGGCUUUAUUGCAAGCAUAAGAGAAGGGAGAUGGCUCAAGACAUGUCGUGGUUAUACUUCUCCAGUUGGAUCAGUAUUGUACACUAAGAAAUGGUCGACGGCUUCACUUCUGAGCAACAUCCCUUUUAUAGACCAGGUCUACUAUGGCGAUGAGAUAAUUUUGUUCAGGGAAGAACUUAAAUUGCUUGGUGUGGUGGUUGACUUCUACCAAGUUUCUCAAUUUGUUGCGAACAAUUUGAAGCCAUCUUCUCAAUUAGCUUGUCUUGGAGCCGACACAUUUUUGUUGAUUCUUUCCCUUAUGUUGGAACCCAAAUCAGGUGAUAUUCUUGUUAAGACAUUCAAAAGGGUGAAAUGCGUCAAGACAAAUCAAGGCUACAAAGCUCCUGGUGAAUGUUACUUGUCCAAUCCUUCAUGGGGUUGCAUUCUAGAGGUUUUCAGUGGUUUUCCAGUAGUUGAUUGUGAUUUCUAUGGAAGCCACAUUUUGGAUUUCCAGAAGGAGUUGAAAAACAUGGGAGUGGUGGUUGAUUUUGAAGAAGCAGUCAAGGCAUUUUCUGAAGUGUUCAGGCAAAGAGCGGCUGCGAGGUCCCUAACAAAGGAAAAUGCAAUAUCGUUGCUGUCAAGCUACAAACAGCUUAAAGAUUCAACCAAAAAGUUACCUUCAGAUCUUAAGAAGUGCAUUCAUGAGUUGAAGUGGUUGCGGACUCGACUCGGUGAUUAUAGGUCUCCUAAAGAUUGCAUAUUGUAUGGUCCAAGUUGGGAAUCCAUAUCUGCAAUUACUCUUCUACCUUUUAUUGAUGAUAGUAAUAACUACUACGGAAGCCAAAUUCAUGAAUACAAAAAAGAGUUGAAGAGUAUGGGAGUUAUUACUGACUUUAAAGAUGGUGCUCAUAUGGUUGCUGCCAGGCUUUAUCUUCCACAAGAUCCUACCAAAAUUACUUCUGAAAAUAUCCAUUCACUUUUGAACUGCAUCCGAACUUUGCUGGAGAAGAAUCCUUCCUUGCCAGACGAUUUCUCUGGAAAGGUAUCUCGGAAAUGGUUGAAGACCUCUAAUGGUUACAGGUCUCCAAAAGAGAGUUUGCUCUUCAUUCGUGAGUGGGAUUCUUAUCUGAAGCCGACCGAUGUGCCUUUCAUCGAUGAACAAUUCUACACAUUCGACAUCAAGUUGUAUAAAAGGGAGCUCAAAGAAAUAGGGGUUACAGUUGAAUUGGAACGUGGAUGUCAACUAGUUUCAAGUUUUCUAAACUCUCAGGACCAGUUCUCCACUAUGGUACGGAUAUAUACGUAUUUGAAUGCAUUCAAUUGGUACCCAGACACUGAAGCUGCUGCAAGGAUUUGGGUGCCUGUUGAAGAUUCUAAUGGACGGUGGAUCAACCCAGAAAAAUGUGUACUUUUUGACAAGGAGGAUCUUUUUGGCUUGCAGUUGACAGUUCUUGAGAGAUACUAUAAACAAGAUCUAAUUUUGUUCUUUUCCAAAGCCUUUAAAGUAAGAUCUAAUCCAUCCACUGACGAUUACUGCAAACUAUGGAAAAGUUGGGAAAGCAAUCAUGAUGGACUUUCCCAUGACAAGUGCUGUAAGUUCUGGAAAUAUGUUACCAAGCACUUCAAUUCAAAAACCGAGCAAGCUUUUAAGGAUGCCAUUGUCAAGGUGCCUGUAAUUUCUGGCUCAGAUGGAAUUUCUUUGUUUGAUAAGCGCGAUGUUUUUAUUGGCGAUGAUCUACAACUGAAGGAUUUAUUUGAACAGAAGUCUCCUCUUCCGAUAUUUGUAUGGUAUCCUCAGCCAAGCUCACAUUCCUUGUCUCGGACAAGGUUGUUGGAAGUUUACAAGAAGAUUGGGGUUCGAAAUAUCUCUGAGUCUGUUCAGAAGGUGGAGUCAGCAAUAGUUCAUGGAAUAAAUCUCAAGCCAGUGAAUCCAAUUGACAUUUCAAUUGGAAAAGAACUGAUUCGGAUCAUUCUUGGGUUCUUAGCAGACCCUGGCAAAAAAAUUGAAGCAACGAAGAGGCAUGAAAUUGUUCGAUGUCUCCUCAAUCUUACAGUUCUUGAGACUGGAGAACCAGUCAUGAUAAACUAUAGUUUAUCCCUAACUUCUGGGAAGGUCAUCAGCGUUAAAGCAACCCAAUUGAUACGUUGGGAAAGGGAGAGUUCAAAGCUGUUCACUCAGAAAAUGGUAAUGUCAGGUGGACACAAGGAGAUGAUCGAGUAUGCGACUUAUUUUUCUGAGGUCAUAUCUGAAGGUGUUCUUUGGGAGUACGGCGAUUAUAUAUGUGCAUUAUCUGAGCUCAUCAAGUUGGCAUUUGUGUUGAAUUUUGAUGAUGGAGCUGUUAGUUUCAUACUGAAAUCCAAGAAUCUCGAAAUCUUGGAGGAGGAUGAGGACUUCCUCUCUUCUGCUUUCUGUGAGCAAUCCAAGUAAUUAGGUGAACUUUUAAUUUUGCAUAUAUUUAUUUUCUUGUGUUUUUGUGUGGAAGUUUUUUGAAGGUAAGAAAAUGAAGAAUUUGUGUGUAUUUUUUAUUGUGAAUAUUUGUGGUGAAUGAAAAUGGUUAAAUAGGAGUAUAUAUAGUGGAUGUAUAACAAUGUUAGAGAUGGUAGUUGAAUAACAAGGUAUUGAAAUGAAUGAAUUAAUCGUUACAUUAUAGGUACAAA